AUGGCGGAAAGGAUUGAAGGUCUAAAUUUGGUGUUACUGGGAAAAAUAGGAGCUGGGAAAAGUGCAUCAGGAAACACAAUACUGGGAAGAAAAGCUUUUGAAUCAAAGGAAAGUUUCUCUUCUGUCACACAAGAUGUUGCCGUCGAAUAUGGGUGGGUCUGUGGACGACGGGUCACUGUCUAUGACACACCAGGAUUGUUCAACACAAAGCUCAGUGAACAGGAGAUUCAGCAGAUGAUAAAUGUAAAUGUUCUUCAGAGAUGUGAAUCAGGUCUCUGUGUGUUUCUGCUGGUCAUCAAAGCUGACAGAUUCACUGGAAAAGAGAGAGAAGCUGUGGAGAAGAUUGAGGAGCUGUUAGGAAAAGAGCGCUUGAAGAAAACCUGGAUUCUCUUCACUGGCAGAGAUGAACUAGAGGAAGAAAACAAGUCAAUCGAUGAAUUCGUUAAUGAGACUAAGGCACUGAUGAGACUGGUUCAGAAAUAUGAUCAGAGAUAUCAUGUGUUCAACAACAAGAAGAGAGAACCUAAUGGACAAGUUCAAGAGCUGCUUACAAAAAUAUAUUCAACACACCCUGACACAAUAGAUAAAAAGUUCCUGAGGUCGUUUUUUGGACUUGAUGAACCAUACACUUCCAGGCAGAUUGUUCUUCUGGGUAAAACUGGUGUUGGGAAGAGUGCAUCUGGAAACACAAUACUGGGACAGAGAGAGUUCAGAUCUGAGAGGAGUAUGAGAUCAGUAACCUGUGAAUGUUCAGCUGCUCACGCCACUGUUUCAGGCAGAUCUGUGACUGUAGUUGAUACUCCUCCAUUCUUUGACACAGAGAUGAUGCCUGAAGAGUUAAUGACAGAGAUAGCGAAAAGUGUUUAUAUAUCCAGACCUGGACCGCACGCUUUUCUCAUUGUGUUUCCCGUGAAUAUGAGAUUCACUGAACAGGAGCAGCUGAUUCCUCAGCAGAUUAAGAUGUUGUUUGGUGAAGAAGUGUUAAAAUACUCCAUCAUUCUCUUCACUCAUGGAGAUCUGCUGAGAGGAAAGCCCAUGGAGAAACUCAUUGAGGAGAACAGUAGAUUAAGAGAUCUAGUUGAUCAGUGUGGAGGCAGAUUUCACGUCUUCAACAAUAGAGAUCUGAAUAACAGAAAGCAGGUGAAGGAUCUACUGAAGAAGAUUGACACAAUGAUAGAGCAGAAUGGAGGAGGACACUACAGUAAUCAGAUGUAUGAGGAUGCACAGAGACUCAGACAGAGAGAAGAAGAGCAGAGACAGAGAGAGGAAGAA